GGUCGCGCUGUUCCAGACUGUAGCGCCUAGAACCGCUCGGCCGCCGCGGCCGGCCUCUAGACACAAAAACAGCAUGCUGAGCAUGAGCCACUGAAAUGAUUAGGCCUACUGAUGCCAUGCAGCCGAAGUGAAGAGUGGACUGUAAAUCUGCUGUCGCAAAACAAGAUGAUGAAAGCAGAGAAUUCUGAAAAUGUAACACAUGGUGGAAUUGAUAACCUUGAUGUGGAUGCUGCUGGAAACCGAAGUGAAGAAACCAUCCCUGAAGCUCCUCACAUACCUGGUAACGUGUAUCCUGUCAUCACUGGGAGAAGACGAUGGAGCUUUGUUAAUGUGCUUGAAUAUAACCAUGAACUGUUUGACAAAAUACGAACUGACUUCCUACUCAUGUUCCCAUGGUUUCAGGAUUUAUUAAGUUAUGUGAGGUCUCUACCAGGUGGUACUACAGUGACGUCAUUGUCACAGAAAGACCGGGAGAUGCUGACAUCUUGCAUAGCAAACUUAACGAUUUCUCAAAGAGAUAUCCGGAGAAAUUCUCUUCUGGAGAGAAGACGGAGACCACUUCCAAGUCAUGUAUGACUGUGUCUAUUCCUCGAGGAGAUGCAGAUAUUGGUUCUGAAAUGAUGCAUUUACUUCCUCCAGAAUUAAGAAGCUCCACAGACGGAAAAGAGCAAUUGCAGCAAUGUCAGACAUCGACUGGCUCAAUGUACUGUUAUACCUCUAUGUGCAAAAGGGGUAUGGCCACGGGCAAAUUUGGAUUAAAGGAGCCAUUAUAAGACUACCUUAUCCAGCUGAAAUUGUACAAUGGGAAAGUUGCCUCUCAGGAGACCAAACAAUACUGGAAGGGGAAAGUAGCCGAUCUGAUGAUGACAGCGAACAGAGGCACGCAAAUAAUGCACCAUGUAAACAGUCUCAUUCGAGAUGCAAACAUAUCAUUACAGGAAAAUGGUGCAACCCGACAACAAUCGCGCACCAUGUUCUUUCCGUACUAAUUCAGUACAAUUGUAUACCACCUGAGCACAUUACAAACAUGCUUCCAAUUCAUCAUGGUUACUUCAUGAAUUUUAUUGAUCCUAAAUUUAAAAAAUUUUGCGAUAUGGGAUUAGAGUUAUACAAGAAAACCAUUAAUGAUUUAGAUCUUAGUCGAAUUGAAUCGCUUUUAUGUUCUGGUUCACAGGAUAGUAUAUUUUAUGCUACCUCUAACAAUGUAUGGGAAUAUUAUUAUACUUUGGGCGAUUCUUUAACCCAGUUAAACAAAAUUCUAUUAUUCCAAUGUGAAGAUGACAAUGACAAAGCUACAGAAUUUUUGUUAAAUUUAGUUUCAUGGUUCAAUAAGAAUAGAUUGUAUUAUUGGAAUAAUGAUAAUUAUGUACAGUCAAAAAGUUAAACACUUUGCGUAUUGUGGGUCCUCCAAAUAGUGGUAAAAAUUGGUUCUUUGAUUGCUUUGUAUCUUUAGCUCUUAAUGUUGGUCAUAUAGGUAGAUGUAAUAACAAAACAAAUCAAUUCGCAAUGCAAGAUGCUGUUAAUAGAAUAUUAAUUGUUGGCAACGAAAUUAGUAUUGAAGAAGGAGCCUUAGAAGAUUUUAAAAAAGUGUGUGAGGGAAUUUCAUGUAACAUUAGAGUGAAGUAUAAAGGUGAUGCAAUGUUAAGGAGGACACCACUUUUAUUAACCUGUAGUUUGCAGCCACCCUGAUUUUAAGGAUGUUCGUGUGAAAACUGUAAGGUGGCGUAGAUUUGAAGAUUUGAAAAAUGCAGCAAAAAGGCCUUAUCUCUUAGCUUUUUUCAGCUUAUUGCAAAUGUAUAAUGUGGAAUAUUAAAUGAAAUCCAAUUGUAAUUUUGAAAUGCAUAUAUUUUAAAUAACUUGUUUACAAAGGUAAAUAAAACAUUAAAUUAUACAAAAUAAA